GGGAGGCAAAAUAGAGUUAGAAGUUCACGAAAAUAUAAUCACGUUCCUUUACAUCAUCUCUCUUCACUCUCUAAACUUCUUCAUUUUCUGAAAAUGCAGCAAAACAUUAUUAACGUUGAGUUCAAGUUUGAAAUUUAUGACGAAAGAACGAAGAGGAAAGCUAUGGAAGUUAUAGCAAAUUUUACAGGCGUUACUACAGUUGAGUGGAAGGAAAACGGGAAACUUAAGGUAAAGGGAAAAUUUGACAGUCAUGAAAUGACAACAAAGUUCAAGAAGAUAUGUAAACAUAUUGCUAUAUUCAAACUUACAACCGAUGAAGGGCCAGAUCAAAACCGUGCUAUGGUUAUGUAUGAACCGAGGCAGGAGCAAAACCAAGCACCAGUUACAAGGCGUGAAGCCAGGCAGGAGCCAAACCGCGCAGUUACAAGGCGUGAACCGCAGGAACAAAACCGCGUGAGGUUUACAAGGCGUGAACCAAGGCAGGAGCAAAACCGCGCUAUGGUUAUCUGGCGUGAAACUAGGCCAGAGCAUAACCCUCAUCCUCGGGUAGUUUGAAGGGAGAACUCGGAUGAUUGUGUUACCACAUGCAUUGGACAUGUCUUUUUGUCCAAUUUAUUAGGUAUCUUCUUCAAAGAAAAAAACAAUACAUGGUAGUGAUUUGUUAAAGCUCUAUGCAUGAGCUCCCGUAUUCUAGUUAUAUAUAUCAUCGCAUCAGUUCUGGUUUUUAAUAACUCGUUAAUCACAUUUGUUAA